AAGAAGAAAAAAAAGCAUAAGAAGCAAAAGCGUUCUAAAACCAGUUCUGAUGAAAGUGGUUCAGAUAAUUAUGAAAUGGAAUGGGUUGAAGCCGAAGCCCCAAGUACAGAAGUAGCUCUAGCUACAGUUAAAGAUAAAAGAGAGGAUUGGAUGAAUGAGGAGGAUUUUGUAUCUACAGUGAGCAAGGAAGAUAUGAAGAGUGGAAGUUCUCGAAUGAGAAAAAAGGAAAUAGAUGAUGAGAAAAGAGCACAAGAAAAGAAAAUUCAAGAUCAGCGGGAACUAAAUCCAUAUUGGAAAAAUAAUGGAAAAGGUCUUCCAGAAGAAGAAACAAAUGCUUCAAAUUCAUCCCUGCCUUCUACAUCAGUAGGAGAUGGAGGUUAUAGUUGGUUGAAAAAGGCAUAUUUACGAAUUAAAGAACGAGCCCAGGAAGAAGGCCGAUCCAUGGAAGAAAUUGCAGUUGAAAGAUGGGGUUCAUUGGAUAAACUUCUAUCAAUGAUAAAAGAAGCUGAAAGUCGAUUGAAAAGCAAUUCCUCUAAGUAUAGUGAUAGUUAUGAAAGAAGACAUGAAGACGGAAACAAAGAUACGAGAAAUGUGAAGUUCAGAGCUCCGUCUGAUGAUAAGUCUAACCAGAGUUCAAGUCCCGAGAGAUCAAUGAAAUAUCAGAAACCAAAACAUGAUUCAAAAUCACGGCACAAAUCUAACUAUUUCAGCAGUUCCAGAUCAUCUAAAACUGAUAAAGUCAGAUCAGAUAGUGUAGAAAGAACAAAAUAUUCAUCACAUAAUUCUUUUAACAGGAAUUCAGAAGAACGUUUUCAAGAAGAGAGAAUUAUCUCAUCUGACAGACCAGCCUGGAAGAAACCAGGCUAUGGAAAUGAAGCCAGUAAAGAACGGAAAAGACAUGAUGGAAAUGCAGAAAAGAAAGAAAUAAAGUAUUCCUCUGGUAGAGAACCACAUCAACCAGUUUGGAAGAAGCCUAAGUCUGCGAAUGAAACAUAUUCAUCUUAUCAAAGAGAACAGGUACCAGCUUGGAAAAAGCCUAAACCUGUGACUGAAACGGAUUCACCUUCCAGAGAACCACAAAUACCAACCUUGAUGAAGCCUAAAUCUCUGGAUGAAACAGAAGCACUGAAAAAAAAGAAAAAUUAUGAGUCUGAGGAAAUGGCGAGAUGUGAAAAUUCACCACAGUCAGAUGAUCGUCCAGUUACAUAUACUGAUGAUGAUUUGAAUCAUUUGGCUGCAAAUUAUUUAAGAGCAGAAUUAAAUGGUGAUCUUGUUACAGCAUCAAAAUUUAAAAAGCAACUAGAAGAGGCACGCCAUUUAGUAGCUAAUAAUACUAAUAAGUGUGUACGUGCUAAGCGGCAGGUGGAAGUAAUGCUAACUAAGUUAGACAGCAGAGGAUUUGCGCGCCCUGUUCGGUUGAGCCAUCAAGAAUAUCCAAAAUUUAAGGAUAAAAAGUCAAAUAAAUAUUUUGAUGAUACAAGCAAAUACUCAUUAAAGCAGAUGUUUGAAAGAGAAAGACUUACUACAACUGAAGAUAAUCUUGAAAUGUUCUUGGAUGUUGCUGCAGAGUGUAAGGAAGAUUCUGAAGUGGAUAAUGAACAAGGUUAUGUCUCAAAGAAAGUAACCCAAAAAAUGGAUCAUAGUCGGCAAGAGGAGAGAGACAUUGGCAAAGCUAUUCGUCAACAUCAGCGACUUAAUGCAGCUCUUGAGAAAUGUGAAUAUUGUUUAGAUCAACCUAGUAUGAAAAGAUAUGUAUUGGUGGACAUUAGAGAUCAGAUUUAUUUGUGUCUACCAAGUUACCAGUCCCUGGUGGAAAAUCAUUGUUUAAUUGUACCAAAACAGCAUGUUUCAUCCUUUCUGGCACUGGAUGAAGAUGUAUGGACAGAAGUUGAGGUAUAUCAUAUGAAAUACCAGUUAAGAAAAUGGUUUAGGACACAAGAGAAAAAUGUCAUUUUUAUUGAAACGAGCAUGAAUUUUCGUUACUGCCCACAUGCUGUUUUGGAAUGCAUUCCUGUUCCUGAAGAAGAAGGAGAUAUGGCUCCAUUUUAUUUCAAAAAAGCCAUUCAAGAAUCAGAAGUUGAAUGGGCACAUAAUCAAAAGUUAGUGGAUCUGACUAAAAAGGGAUUACGUCGUUCUAUACCUAAAGGAUUACCAUAUUUUUAUGUUGAAUUUGAUAAAUCAGUACAUGCUGGAUAUGCUCAUGUCAUUGAAGAUGAGAAACAGUUUCCUAGGAACUUUGGAAAGGAAAUCAUAGGAGGAAUGCUUGAUAUAGAUUCAAAUAUCCUACGAAAAAACAAAAAAGAAGAUGCACUAAAAAAGUCAUCAGAAGUAGCCAAGUUCGAAAAACUGUGGAAUGAAUUUGUGUCAAAAAAUAUGUAAAUAUAUAUGUAUGAUAUUCACUCACUUUUAAUGAAAUACUGUAAUAAAAUAAGUUAUCACUUUAAA